UUUCACCCAGUGACUCGACUCACGGUCCCUCGUCCGAUACCGCUCCCCCUUCUUCCCCAAACCUACGCCGCUAAAACCUCUCUCCCCACAAGCGCCGAUUCAAUCCCCGCUUCCAUGGCGAGCUCUGUCCAAAGUCGCCUUUUCUACAGGCUAUCCAUCCACCCUCCUCUACGGCCUAGUUUUCUUACAAUCUCCCGCUCCUUGGCGACCAAGGCCUCCACGCCCAAGUCACGGGAGAGCUCUCUCCUCGAGCCGGCGCCGGCCGGCGACGAGGAGGUGCCCACCUCGGGGAUCAGCCGGCCCCUCUCGGAGAUCCUCAAGGAACUCGGCAAGAGAGUCCCUGACUCCCACAUCAAGACCCGCAUCGAAGACGGUUUCUCCAUGAAAUACGUCCCCUGGCACAUCAUCAAUCGAAUUCUAAAUUUACAUGCUCCAGAAUGGUCUGGUGAGGUCCGAAGUAUUGUUUACUCAGCUGAUGGAAAGUCUGUGACUGUAGUUUAUCGUGUUACUCUCUAUGGAACUGAUGCUGAGAUUUACAGAGAAGCAAGUGGAACUGCUUCUGUUGAAGAUACGAAUUAUGGAGACCCUGUACAGAAGGCAGAAGCAAUGGCUUUCCGACGAGCUUGUGCACGUCUGGGGCUUGGCCUUCAUCUCUAUCAUGAAGAUACGUCUUAGAGAAAGAUUAUCCUCUUCUAUGGUAUCAAACUCAAGUAACUGUUAUGCAGCGCAUUUAAAAUGCAAUUGGGAAUUGGGAUUGUGGAUCUUGCACCUACACAGAGGCUUCUGUACAUCCAUAAGAGGGAUAUAGAUCUUCCAAAAUUGAUGAGGGUGUUAGAAAAUGAUGCCCUAAUCAUUGUUCAAUCUAUGAUGUUAAGAAUUUUAGCUGGAACAACAUAAGAUACUGAAAAUCCAAUGUUAUGGCUUGGAAUCCAAAUGCUGACAUAAAGAGGCAGUUUAUCAAAAUCAGAGCAGCAGCAUCAUACUUUGAAUAGUUUUAACAAACAAUGUGCAACUCCAAGUGCAGUCAGUCCAGCCAGAUUGGAGCUCAGGCCAAAACAAUAGUGCAAUCGAUGAAGCGGAUGGCAGUCUGCCAAGGAGGUAGGGAGGAGGAAGGUGAUUGUAAAUUUGAGUUUUCAAUUCAGCUGGAGUGGCUUUGCUGAAACAUGGUAUGUAUCCUCAGCUACAUUAAUGAGCAGUACUCAUUUACCAAAAAAAAAAAAAAAUCAGCUGGAGCGGCAAAGUUGACUAAAGACCUCUGUGGUGUGUUUCCUCUGCUUGCAAGGGUUUAGGUGUAGGAGUGUUGAUCAUUUGAGUCUGUUCUUUUUCUCAUUUAAGCUAACUAGGAUCAUAUUAUGGUGUCGAUCCUUGCUUCUUCUCUCUCUUUUUUGGUGGUUGUCUAAUACUUUUCUUUUUUCUUUUUAUUCAUCGUUUUCAAGACAAUGUGGAGAGCUUCUAUAGGUUUGAUUUCUGUUUUUGAUUGCCAUUGUUAACUCAAAUAAUCAAUUGUAA